UUUUUUUUGCUGUAAUUUGUAUGCAUUAUGCAGCUAUUUUUGACACUAUGAAAGUUAUUUGUUUUUGUAUUGUUGUAUUUGUUGCCGUAACGCAUACACCUUAUAAUCAUUACGCUAUGCCAAGUACUCCACAUUGUGAAUACCGCUAAUAUUUGGGGAUAUUUUUAAUUUUGGUAGGGGACAACGGUGAAAAGUAUCUGGCAAUCAUUAAAAUGCCGCACAAGGCGAAUUUAUAGAAGGUGACCUCAAAAGAACAAUGGAUUAUUUUUUUCUUCACUUGUUUUGAUAAUUGAACUGUCAUUCAGUUAUGUUUGUUGCGGCUAAAAACACAACAAACCCAAUAGCAAAAACUACAACAGGCAAUUUUGACAGUUCAAUUAACUUUUAACAAAAACAAAGUACAUGUUGUUUUUGUACAUGUUGUAGUUCUGUCGUCACCUUUCGUAAAUUCGCCUUGAUGCCGCAAUUAUUUGUAAUUUCUUAUUAGCAAAAAACAAAGAAUUUUUAAUUGAAAUUGGAUAUUUUUGUUGAACUACUUUUACGAAUGCAAGGAGAAAUAAAGACAUAUUAAAUUUAAAUACAAGGUUUAGGAGUUUUCUUGUCAUAAAUAAACAACGUGCCACAUUCGUGUUAAGAAUGUCUGCUGAGUUGCCCAGCAUAUCCGAAGAGCCCAGUUCAUCUAAUCCCAGUGAGACACAGAAAGCCGAAGUUAAACACGAUAAAACCUUCUCACGUUAUCGUUCAUUGAUUGUUACCGAGUGUGGCUUGAAGGUAACCACAACUGAAAAUUAUUUGAAACGCUUGCAAAAUUUGCGCAAAGAAUUGAACUACAUUAACGAAACCGACUGGAUGUAUGAUUCAUUGGAUAGAAAGAACAAUUCUUAA